AAAUACAGCGCCCUCAGUCGACGGCAACGGCCGGCCGAUUGGCAUGAUCAGUGUGCGACUGCGACAUACUGCUGUGAUCCCGGAUGAACAAAAAACUGAUACAUUUUAUCAAUGGGGUAUCUUACGCAAGGAGAUCUAAGCAUUGACAGUUGACUGGAAUUGAGGACUGCAGCUUUUAGACGAACUGUGGAAACACUAUCAAAGAUGGCUGGCAAUUUCUGGCAGAGUUCCCACUGCCACCAGUGGAUACUAGACCCUCAGAUCCUGAUGAGAGACAGACAAAAAGACCUGACCAUUGUUUCGGAGGAGGAGUACCAGAAAGUCAUGAUCUUCUAUUGUAACAUUAUGCAGGCUAUUGGAGAGCAGCUGAAAGUCAGGCAGCAGGUUAUAGCCACAGGCAUGGUCUACUUCAAGCGCUUCUAUGCCAAACAUCCUCUUAACAGCAUCGACCCUUUGUUGGUGGGCCCAACAAGUAUAUUCUUGGCAUCCAAGGUGGAGGAGUUUGGUGUUAUAACAAGCAGCAGGCUCAUGAAUGCAUGCCAGUCAGUAGUGAAGAAGUUUGGCUAUGCUAUUCCAAACCAGGAGUUUCCCUUCAGAAUGAAUCAGGUCUUAGAGUGUGAAUUUUUCCUACUUGAAAUAAUGGACUGCUGUUUGAUUGUAUUCCAUCCGUACCGACCCCUCAUGCAGUAUGUAGCUGACUUGGGCCAAGAGGACAUACUGCUGCCAUUAGCAUGGCGUAUAGUCAACGACAGUCUCAGAACAGACGUGUGCCUGUUGUAUCCACCAUAUCUCAUUGCUCUAGCUUGCCUGCACAUGGCAUGCGUAAUUUCCCAGAAGGACACCAAGCACUGGUUUGCGGAGCUGAAUGUGGACUUGGACAAGGUACUGGAGAUCACCCAGCAGAUUUUGAAAUUGUAUGAACUCUGGAAGAGCUACGAUGAGAAGAAAGACAUCCCGGCAUUACUGGCUAAGGUCCCCAAGGCACAACUGCAACCGCCCCCAUCACAGAGUGAGCAGAGUCAAGGUGGUGCUGGCGAUUCAUGACAGUGAACUUGAUUCCCUGCUUAAGAUGGGUAAAGCUUCAUCAAGGCACGCACUUGUACAGCAACAAGAUGCAUAAUGCUAUCAGAUUGACGGCUCGGAGUUGGUGACGUACUGCUGGUUAGAUUAUUGUCAUACUACUCAAAAUGGGGGUUUCAGUGCUGGAGAUAGCAAAAUGCACAGACACGAUUGCUAUGAUUGAGAUUACUGCAGGAGGACUGUGUGAUCAUCAGUGUAAGAAUAUUGCUGCCUUAGUAUUAACAUUUAUUUAAAAUUACUUUAUAAAUACAGUUGACUCUUGUUAAUAUAAACUCUGUUAAUACAGAUUUUGUUUAUAGCAAACAUAAAGCCUUGGUCAUGACUGCUUUAUGUGCACAAUGAAUGGUAUCCUUGCUCCUCUUAAUACAAAAUUCUGAUACAGCAAACAUUUUGACUAGGUCCGAUCGAGUUUGUAUUAACAAGAUACAACUGUAUUAGGAACAGAUUAGAAAAGUAGAAGUGCAAGCUGUUCUUUGAUGAGUUAGUGAUGGCCCAUCACAAAAACCACUUCAUUAAAUACUUGUAAAUAGAACAAAUUUGUGAGAAGAGGUUUGUAUAGUGUGUAUAGCUGGCAAUGAUGGUUAAGUAAGGUUUGUGAGAAAUUUUUAUGUAGCCUGUAUAUAUGCACUCAAAGAGGAGUAUGGGGUCAAGUUACCUGUGCGUGUGCAAACUGCAAGCCAUAGAGUUAUAUUUAAAAAACUAGAGAGCGCACGUGCCGACAUGGACACGCAGCCGCCAUACUAAAAGGGGGAACAAGUACUGUGAGUUCCUGAUUGCACUUUGCACAUGACUGAAUGCUGACCCAUACAACUUUAAAAAAGAAAUUCUGUGCCAUUUCUAAACCCUAACCUUUCUAUAUCCUUCAAAAUAUACUUGCAGGUUAGGGGAAACAUGAGAAAGGUGCAGCCUGGUCACUUUUAGUUUACACGGGGCUUGAUACCACAUUAAAGUUUGGGUAGAUGUACUAAAGUUCUCGGCAAAAUUAUUACUCCUAGUUUUAUUUUGUUUCCCUUGAUAUUGUCUUCAUUUCAAAUCAUUCGGACUCCACUUUGUUUGUAUCCAUCAAACCAGGGUGUCCAAUU